AUGAGACGGCGACAGCGGAGCGAAGAGACAGACGGCCAAACUAAGCCCCCAUUGUCACAGCUCACCACAGACAACGCCAUACGCGGCAAAAUCAGUGUGGCACACGGCUCCUCCGAUUCACUGGCAAAAUCUAGUAAAAAAUUUACAUCGAAAGCCACACGCCGCACUUCUAAGCUAACCAAACGUUUCACUGGUCUAACAUCCCUGUUCAAGCGCAAUAAGCCUGUGCAAUUGCCUUCUUUCUUGUCAGGCAUUGCUAAGAUGCGUUGUGAACUGAUAAGAGAACUGGAGCAUGCGUCUACUCUGCUGUCGUCCACCUCCUCUCGCCCCGAUGCUGUGAGUCAGUUAAAACAGAGCGUGUGGCUUAUUCGCUGCAUUGUUGCAUCUGGUGCCGCCUUCCUGCAACCCAUUGUACAAGUGCCCAAGAGUUCCGAUGACCCUUUGCGGCCUGUUCUCGCAAUGAAGAACCAAAGGAUACUAGAGAAGUUGUUUCAUUUUCACGACUCCUACAUCGAAUUCCUCGAUUGGGCCUCCCAGUUCUCAUCAUCCAAUGGGGAAUUACCGAGUGAGAUGCCAUGUAGCUCUGGUCUGACGAGUACGGGCGACGCUCAGGCCUCCUCCGAGAGUGCUGCAAACCCACUGGCGUGGUUACGUGGCCAAAGUGUGUUCGGUGACCUGAAGGCCUCUUCUAUGGCGAUUUUCGAUCUGUUGGAUUCAUUUGGAUUCACAAAACCAAUUGACCCACUUUUGCUGGAACAGGCUGUGCAGAAGCGCCCGUCGUGCAGUUCAGAAUCUGCUGUGGAACGAACUGCGACUACUCCCGAGUCCGAAGAUGCCUCAUCGGAACAUUUCCUUACGGAUGCUGACUGUGCCCUGCUGGCAAAAUUGUGGACUCACUUGAGCGAACUGAACAGCACCUCGUCGUCUCGUGAACCACUGCUCAAGCAAUCCGUUCCCCAACCGACAGAAUUAUCGCCAAGUGUAGUUCGGGAAUCUCCUACACAUGACACUAAGGCGAGUGGUUUAGUCCCUCCCACUGCCUGCCGACCACAUAGUCUUCUCGAUGAUCCAGAUUUGCCCGGCUACCUGAAUGCCUUGGCCCGCGCCGUUCAGUCAGAUCAUUUAUCUUCGAACUCCAGGCGAUCGUCUACGAUCUCUUUUGCCGCGACAGAUCCUCGACUGGCACCUUCUGAGAUUGAUGUGAAUUCUCCGGACCAGUUGAAUUUUCCUGCGGCCGACGCUUCCGACGUUGAUGUUGAUGAUGAGGAAGAGGUUCCUGUUGAUGUGCCUGCCAUUAAUGUGAAGUUCCCACUUGACCACACUGAUCACUGCGUACUUUUAUCUACUGACGCUGGCGCAGGCUCGCCAUUGACUUGCACCAUCGGUGACGACUCGGACCGCUUUGUUUCCCCUAAAUCUUCCCCAGCCCCAGUUACUACGUGUGUUUCUACUCGGACUGAGUUCAAGAUUCUUCAUUCUGGUGAGGUGGCUUGGGAUCAUGCUAAAAACAUCAACGCGUACACUCCUUUGGAUGACCGUCACAUGCUACAAGACAUCGCGACAGUCGCAAUGCAUUUACAAGAUGACAGACCCACAUCAACAUCUCCUAAACUUUCUAAUCCCUUACCCUCCACAACUGAGCCCUUGCUUUCCACCUGCACCACACCCCUCUCCUUCCACUUCCCGGACGGCCAGCUGAGCCACGCGGCUUCUUCCCAACCCACUUAUCAUGCCGAGGUCAAGGUGGGUACGAUAGACGAUUCAGAGUUGAUUGAUGUGGAUGGGAAGAAGUUUCGACGGCAUUUUCAACGUCAUAUCCAAAUUGAGCGGCACAAAAUGCGACAGAUCGUGGUUGCACCAUCAUUGCCGGAUGGUACCGGACCAGACUUAAGCCGCGUCGUACAGCGCGACGUCGGUUACGACACCCUAUCACCAUCUUUGGGCAUAUCCAAUGCCGGCGGAAAGCCACUGCAAUCCUUCGAUUCUGACCUAAGCGAUUCGGAUUGUGAUGCGGAAUUGGAGACGUCAGAUUUACCUCACGCGGAAGGCGAGUCAAAGGACGAGGAACUGGUCCACACCUCCGACUCUGAUGUUGACAAUCGUCAGGAAACAGAGAAAGAACCACCUCCGAAACCAUCACUUCCGGAUGUUGUUUCCCUUCGCGGAGGAAAACGACCCUUGAGCAAUUACAUGUUCCGAUUCGGCUCCACUUUGUACAACGAUGCGGAUGUGGAUGCCAACCUUCCGGAUCGACUGCUCAGCUUCUUUCGCGACGGAUGGCACAAAUCUGAAUCGGCUGAAGGACCACAUGCACGUUCCAAAGUAAUGUCCUAUGUGCAAUCGUACGAGCAGCCAACAACCACCGGCGAGGUCAUUCGUCGAUCCACGUGUGUUGAGCACAAAUGCACUGUGCGUAUUGUUGGUGGAUUGGAAGGCCUAAAAUCGCAGCUCGAACACGCGAACUACACCAAUCAAAAUUCACGCUCUUCCGUUGGAUCAAUAUGCAUUGAGGACUCUCCACUCCCCCCGUCUUCUUUAACUGGUCCCUUGUUUACUUCGGAACCAACAGAAGAAUCUCCGCUACUCCAACACAGCUUGUCAACUCCAUCCUGCGCUGAAUUAGUGGGAUCGUUUCCUCCUUGUCGAUCCAUCCUGAGCCUCGUCAAAGCAGACGAUUAUUUGGUCUGGGCUGACUCAAGUUCUUCGGGUGAGGUUGUUGUACAGGCCGGAAUCAUCGAUGCCUUUGUGGUGUACUUAACUUCGUUUGGAAAAACCUCUCCAUCCUUUUAUCUGUUCUUCGAAACAUUCCUCGCUAUGUACCCUUCGUUUCUGUCCACCGAGAGUCUGCUCGAUCGACUGCUUCUGCGAUACCGCUGUUUCCGUGCUGACGGAGGGGAACAGCAGCUCACUGAUGCAGAUCGUCAGCUGCACACCAAGGUGUGCAAUGCAACAGCCUCUAUUGUGGUCACUGUGGUCUCACGACUGAAAAGUCCUCUGACUUCUGGCCUUCAACAGACUCUGCUUGAAUUUCAAGAAAUGCUGCUUGCUGACAAUUUGUCCUCACUCAGUCGCGUUCUCACUACAACUGUUCAGCAGCACUUGUCCCUAACACAGCAGGCGGAGCAUCAUCAUCAUCCUUACUGUCCGAAUGUGUCACGCUCCAGUUCCGAACUCAGCGAACAACCGGAUGAGUGUAGAAAGUUGCCUUCCGGUACUAGUGAGGAGUCCACUGUGGUUUCCGAUCAUUCGGAAGAGACUUCCGACGAUCUUUCGCCGCGGCCCACCGUAUCGGGAGCAAAUACAGUUCCGAAAACGAAACAUCACUUUCUGAGACGUACAUCUGGCGCCAAGGGACGAGAAUCAUCUUUUGAAAGAUCUUCUGUUGAAAGUGUACUCAAGGGGUCUCAUUUAUCUCCUCGAGCUGAGCGAGCUGGAAACCCUACUGCCUCUACAUCUGGCAAAUCCCUGCUAAACUUCAGCGCACGUGAACUUGCAGAGCAGUUCACCUUUUUGGAUGCCCAGAAAUAUUAUCGAAUUCGUCAUGCUCUCACUGAUGAUGUGAUUUCCGAGUGUGCGACUGUCUUCUGGCGGCUUAGCUCACGCAACUGUGGCUGUCGUCCAUCCACUCCGUCACCGGAAUGUGUGGGUGAUACGCUAGCUGGGCCAGUUCGUGUGGGCCGGGUUGGAAAAAAAUUCGUCUCUCGUCUGCAUACCUCAUGUACACUGCCCACGCACUUCGUGCCUCAGGCCAGCUUCUUCUUCUCAAACUGCGAGACCUCCCCAUUGAACCGACCAUCUAACCAAGCGGACAGAAUUGAUUGGGCUGAGCAAGGUGCACUCGCCCUCAGAGAGUUAGAAAGCACAACUUGGUCUCCGUUCAUUGACCUUCAUGGCCACGUGAACGGUACAUUCGAUCCCGGCGUCCAUCGGGGCACACAGCUGAACGAGCGACCUCCACGUCCUUCCCGACUGUCGCACAAGACAAGCCUUCGUAACAAACUUCCAAACUCUGCCGUUCGCUCUAGUGAUCAAUCGAUGGCCCCUGAAUCUAGAGGACCAUGUGUUGUGGCUGCAACAAGAACGCCUACCUCUAGUCAUCAACCAGACCUGGUAGGUCGCCGUCCCAGAACACCUACCCUCGGUAGAGCCGCCUUGUUCGUCCGCGCUUCCCAGUCCAACUGGGAACGUAAUGAGCAAAAAACUGGCUUAUCCCAGUCGUCCAACUAUUAUGCCAAAUUCCCCGACACAGCUCAUUUCCAGACUGGUGUUGAGAAUGAGGUGGUCAGUUUGCAGAACUGCCUGAGCCGGAGUUCCAGCGUCAACUGUGAACUACGCAAUUACACAAUCAGUCGAGAUGGAAGCUCACUUUCAUCAUCAUCUACUCUGACUCGCCCGUCUGACUCCAGACCCCCUUGCACAACGCCAGUAUCACCGCAAGUAGAUCAAUGUGCCCGUACUCAUUUACCCCGACGAUGUGUUUAUCACGCUUACGACACUGUUCCUUUUGACCAUUUUGAGAUGGAAAAACUGGCUCCAAACAUCAAAAUGUUUAGUCAAAAUUGCUCACCUGUCGUAUCCGUGGAUUGCGUAAAGGCGAGCUGCUCGCAUAUGUCAAGCGGAUGCUUUGUCCCCAGUCCCAAGGACCCGAUGCAACAGAGUACCUUCGGAAACGAUCUAUGGUCGUCCGGCUGUAUCUCCGAAUCUACCAGCAGCUCAUGCAGCGAGUCCGGUAUUAGUGCACACUCGACUCAAGACGCAGCAACCGGUUCGCCAACCCGAAACGUCAGACAGCAUACGGAAAGCAGACUGAGAAGGACAUCCGGUGUAGUACUUCCUCUCUGUCAAGAAACGCAAUGGCCAUUGCCGAAGGCAGCUGCACAUUCAAGGCUACCGAUUCCGAGCAAACGAGUCGCGAAUCAAAUCGGCGAUGGACAUGGAGCUGGUAAACCGCCAGAGGCUUAUAAUCAUUUGAAUAUGGUCAAGAAGUCUGGAUCGGUUUCAGGACGACAUGUACCUAAGGACGGAGUUGCAAAGGUGAAUCGCGAUGAGCUCUCCCACUCGAAGGCCACAGGAUUUCAGAAAUCUCUUCACAACGGCUACCUUAACAACUAUACCGCCAGCGUCCACACCAAUCGCAUUGCCCGGGCCGGGAAUUCCACGCAUCAAAGUAAAUCGGCCCCGGAAACUACCGUCGUUCCUGUGGGUUCAAUAAAAGAUGUCCAGAAAUAUGUGCCCUUGUGCGAGGACUCACGGAGCCGAAUUGGCACCCGUGUUUUCAGUGGUAAAUUCCUAGUACAGUUAUUCUACAUUCGUACGGGGGGUGGAAAAGUAGUCGACAUUCGCAGUUGUGCUCCGUGCAGAGCCUCAAUUACAGGAGGGUCAUGUUCCUGA